AUGAAGAGAGCAAGUGAAAAAUCUUAUAUUUCUAAGAGAUUUAUGGAAAAAUAUACUAAGGCAAGAAGCUAAAUGCAAAGUUAGCCUGAGAAGUAAUUCAAGGAAGAUAAUUCUUAAGAUAAAGCCAUGAAAUCUGAGGAAGAAGUUAAGCAUCAAGAAGAUCUUUUGGCAAACAUUUCUGAAGAGGAUCUAUCACAAGAAGAAGUGGAUUCAGAUGAUCUAGGAGAUGAUAUAGCAGCUGGUAGACAACCACAGCAAUAAAUGCAAUUCUAAAUGCAAGCUUAAUAACAGAUUUAGCCAUAAAACAUUAUGCCCUAGUUUUAGCAACAGUAAUUUCCUAUGUAUCAAAUGAAUCAAGCUUAAAUCAUACCCUAAUUUUAGCAAUAAAAAUAGCAGUAAAUGAUUCAGCCUUAGAAUUAAAUUCAAAAAUCAAUGACAGGCAUUGCCUCAAGCAACAAAAGAUAAAAGUUAAGCAGUUAGCCUCAAUAGUAAAUGUUGCCACAAUCUAAAUAGGAAUAAAGUAAAGCUAAAGGAUUUUUCUAAAACCUUGUCUAGCCUGUCUAAAAUCUCUUUGGAAAUAAAAACAGUAACAAUAACUCAAAUAGCAAUAUAUUGAACAAUAAUGCCAUGAAUUUGAAUUAGAAUAUGCUGAUGAAUAACAUUGGUAUACAACCAUAAAAUGCAUUCAGUAACAAUUUCAUUGCUGUUCAGCAAUAGCAACCUCAAAACUUUGCAGGAAUCCAACAGUUGCAAAUGUCUAAUAACAUGAAUCCUAUUUAACCAUCAGGCAAGAGAUACAAGCAGGAAAUAGAUACUAAUGUAUUCUCUCUUUCAAUGGAUUGCCUUAAGAAGGAUGCUGAGAUUGCUACAGGAGAUCCACUUUAUUGUGACAGCUGCAAAGGUAUCUUCAAUAAAUUUAGCACCAUCCUUGAGGAAAGCUCCCAAUAGUUUUGGACUUGUGAAUUCUGCUUCCAUAAAAAUAAAGUUGAUAUUGAAUAGGGUGAGAUUCCUAAGAGUGAUACUGUAAACUACAUCUUGGAAGCUGCUCCAUACAAAGAAGAAGAGAAGAAACAAGAUUCAACUAAAGAUCAGUCUAAGAGCGACAUAUCUGUUGUUUACUGUAUGGAUAUCUCUGGAAGUAUGAGCUACAGAGCUUCAUCAUCAGGCAAAAUUUCUAUAAGUAGAGAAGUCUAAAAGAGAGAUAAGACAAGAUUGGAUUGUGUGAAGGAUUCAAUUAUUGGAUAGAUAAGGGAAAUGGCCGUGCAGCAUCCUGACAGAAAGGUAGGACUAGUCACCUUCAGUGAUAGAAUUGCCAUUAUUGGAGACGGUGUUAGAGGCACUGAAUAUUUUGGCAACGCAUAACUUCAAGAAUAUGAUUUUAUUGUCAAGACAGGUGUUGCAUGUGCUGCAACCUAAUUUUCUAAUUCAAUUUCGUAAUGCAAAGAUUCAUUAUCCUAAAAGAUUGCUGCUCUUUAAACUGAAGGUAGCACUGCAUUAGGGCCAGCUAUUCUAGCCUCUAUUGCAAUUGCAGGAGAAGGAUCUCCAGGAUCCUAAGUUAUUGUCUGCACUGAUGGUUAGGCAAAUAUUGGUCUUGGUGCACUUAAUACUCACAAUUAAUUGGCUGCAAAUUAAUUCUACUAUAAAAUUGGAGAAUAUGCUAAGGACAAAGGAGUGACUGUACAUAUAGUUACAAUUAUAGGAUAAGAGUGCUAAAUUGAUGCUAUUACUCCCGUUUCUGAGAUUACUGGUGGUCAAAUUGAGAGAGUGGACCCUAUGGAGCUCAGAUCUAAUUUCUAAGAUUUUUUAGCUAAGUCAGUAUUGGCAACAAAAGUUGAGCUUAAAGUAAAACUCCACAAAGGACUAGAAUUUAGAAACGAAAUCGAUUAAAAUCUUAGUUGCAAUAAGACUGUUUUGACGAAGGAGUUUGGAAACGUCAAUGAAGAUACAGAUGUCACAUUUGAGUAUAAAGUUAAAGGAAUUAAAGAACUAAUAAAAAUCUAAGACUUGGAUUUGACUUAGCUUAAUAGGCUACCAUUUUAAGCCUAGAUCUAUUUCACAGCAUUAGAUGGUGCUAGAUGUGUAAGAGUUAUCAGCUGCUAAACUGAGAUCUCUAACGAUAAAUAAGAGCUUGAAAAGAACGCUAACUUUGAGAUCUUAGGACUAAAUGCUAUUUAGCAAAGUUCAAAGUUGGCAAGGCAGGGUGAUUACAAAUAAGCCUAAGUGGCUGCUAAAGCUUGGGACAACAGACUUGAAAGAGUUGCUAUGAGUAAUAACAAUAUGAUGUAGAUGGAGCAGUUCAGCAAUUUCAGAUCGAAUGUCGGUGGCGUUUACAGCAUUAUGAAUUAACAGAGAUAGUAGCCCCUUUCAAUGUAAUAGUAGAAAACUGAUCAAGUAAGCUAGAUGCUCUAUUCUAAUUCUAGAAUCAACAAGGCUAAAUUUUCUAAAUAGAAUUGA